UAGGCUAAAAACUGAAUAUCUGCGACUAUAUCAAUCCAAAUAACCUGAAAUUUUUGUGAUCCCCUCAGAACAACUAAUGGCUGUUAAUAAUCCAGUAAAAUACAAAAUCAGCCAAUCAUGUUCGAAAACGAACAGUUAUACCGAGCCCUGGACAGAUAUCAACAUUUUGCGCUUUCUUCGACUAUACCAAUCCCAUCCGGUUCUCUGGGACGCCGCGAAUUGUGGUUAUAAAAAUAAUUGGAUCAGGAAGUCCGCUUACCGACACAUUACGAAAAUUUUGAAAUUAAGAAACGCCACCGAAGAUUCUUGCAUGAAAUUGGUCGAGUGGCUUAAAAAGCGAUACUUGGAAGAAAGAAAUUCAACAUGCGAAUCUCGACCGGUGUGGUACAAAAUCAUCAGCAGAAUCAUCGACGAGAUAUUGGAUCCCAAGCGAAAAGUAAAAGAAGCAAGUUGUACAAGCUUCGAAGCCUGCAUGGACUGCUGCGCCUCGCAGGGCCAAGUCGCUCCCUGCUGCUACUUUCGCGCUUCAAAAGACAGUAGCGGCGACAACGAUGUCUUACAAGCACAAAGCUCCUGCGACGAGAGAAUUCCGUGCUGCUACAACGUUGGCCAGGAUGACAUGAAAAUUGUCGUGUUAAGUUUGAAGCCUUGUAUCGAAAACGACGGUAAUUCUGAUAGCGAUGGAGGAGCUUGCGAUUGCGAUACAACGAGUACGGAUGGCGAUGACAAGUCAAAGUCUGAAAUUUUGGACGGCAGUGAUCUCUCACUGGCUUUCAGCGUCAAAUGCUGUAUUCAAGGCUCGAUUCCGUCGUCACAUGAGCCUUGCGAUGACGCAGUCGGCGAAUUUGACGAGAUGCAGCCAACUCCGGCGUCGACGUCACGCUCCACCAGCGAGAAAACUGGCCUUUUUACGGAUUCGUCUAGGGCGCGUUUCCGCGCCGGUAAGCCGAUUAGCCUGACUGACGAAUACUACGCGAACGAUGACUUGCUACUGGCCGUCGGGGAAAGGACGCGGGUCAUCGAGCCGCGACGUCACUACGCCUCGUGUCGAGAAGCGAAAUUUCACGAAUUUUAUCCGUUACAGCUGGACAUGUUUUAAGAAAAAAAGGAACAAUGCCGUUGGCAUACAUUUUUUACAUUUUGCAAUGUACAUGAAUUUUAUGUCAUACAACUUUUUUACAAUAAAUUUCAAUCCUUAUGUAAAAUAUACUAAAUUCGUUUUCACGCUAUAGAAUACAUUAGCCUGAAGAAAAUAAGUUGGACUCUCGUAGAUGCAACAGUGGUAAAGAGUUUGCACGCGUUGAAAUACUUCUGAGUAUAUUAAUGAAAUCUAUGAUAAGUAUUGCUCAGGAGUUAUAGAUUUCAGUGAAGAUUUUUCACCUUCGAGAUUUGAAUAAAGUGAAAUAUUGCAAUGUCCCUUUUGUAUAAUAUAAGUACGUAAUUUCCAUACGAAAUGUCAACAAAGUUUAAAUAAAACGCUUCUUACAUC